CCAGCACAUUUAUAUAUUUUAUGUUUGAGUCUGUUUGAAUUUAAAAAUAAAAUAAACUUCGUGUACGUGAAUACCAGGCACCAGUGUGGUGUGUGUGUGUGUGUGUGUGUGUGUGUGUGUGUGUGUGUGUGUGUGUGUGUGUGUGUGUGAGAGAGAGAGAGAGAGAGAGAGAGAGAGAGAGAGAGAGAGAAGGGGCUGGAAGCAUGGUGCCCCAGUUGUACGCAGACGCAGUGCUGUGUUUUCCCCCCUCUCCUAAUCCUUUCAGACUCCAGCAGGAGCUGUCAGCAGUGACGCCAAUCAUACAGAAGCAGCCAAUCACGGGCAGUGGUUAUUGUUGAGCUCUCUGGGCAGUAGCAGUGUCUAUGAAUCUCUAUUCAGUGUCUCAAUGCUUCCUGCUGCUGCUUCUCAAGCGUAGGGGAUUCCACUUAGACAUAAAGGGAAAAAAAACUUGAAAAACUUUUGGAGAAAAAGUUUUAUUUUAUUUUAUUCUUUUCCCACAGCCAGGUGACUGUAACUGCAAUGAGUGUGGAUGCUUUGGGGAACACAGUGAUGGACCCUGCAUUUUCUAAACGGAACACGGCGCUGAGAAUAGUAGACUUAGCAGGGGCUCAUCAUCAUCAUCAUCACCACCAUCCUCAUCACCACCACUCCCCUCAGACUAUGACAGGCUUCCCGGGGUACGUGGGUCAUUCCCACUCCAUGGCUCACAGGCACCCUGGGGAGUAUGCUGCUGAUUCUCGCCUAGGGCCAAGUCCUGCAUUUCGUCCAGAACACAUGGGGCACCAUCCAGCGGCCCUCAAGCUCAGCCCUGCCCAUAACCCUCACCACCAUCACCUUCACCACCAUCAUCAUAUGGCAGGCCAUGCUGAGGCUGCCUCCAGUCACACAGGAGCAUUUGUCCCGGCUCACUCAGCAGCUGUGCCCUACUCAAGUCUCCCCCACUCAGCUCAGAGUAUAUCUGCAGGUAGGGACUUUUUGCUAGGCAGAGAGCUGGCAGUGCAAGUGAUGCCAGGUCUGAGUGAGCAGACCUCUGCUGCAGCAUCUCACCAUGGAAUGUUUGUUUCAACAACAGGUAGCAGCUACCCCGGGCAGCAUGGGCACCACACAGAACAUGGGACCCACCCUUACUUCUCUGGAUCUCAUCAUGAGCAGCAUUCCCACCAUGCCACCCCAGGUGGGCAGCCUCUGAACGGACAGAUACGAUUGGGGCUACCUGGAGAUAUGUAUGCCAGGUCUGAUCAUUUCACUCAACCAGUGUCUAGGACAGAUCCCUUCUCUUCUGCGUCUCUCCAAGGCUACAGUAGCAUGAACCUUAACAUGAACAUAGCUCCUCAUCACGGACCUGGUGCCUUCUUCCGUUACAUGAGACAGGCAAUCAAGCAGGAGCUCAUCUGCAAGUGGAUAGAGGAAGAUCAGCUUCCGAAAAAACUUUGCUCCAAAACUUUCACUACCAUGCACGAGCUGGUCACCCAUGUCACCGUGGAGCACGUCGGGGGACCAGAGCAGUCCAACCACAUAUGUUUCUGGGAAGAGUGUGCCAGAGAGGGAAAGCCCUUCAAAGCCAAAUACAAACUUGUCAACCACAUCAGAGUCCACACAGGUGAAAAACCCUUCCCCUGCCCCUUCCCUGGCUGUGGGAAAGUUUUUGCCAGAUCAGAGAACCUUAAAAUCCACAAGAGAACUCACACAGGUGAAAAGCCAUUUAAAUGUGAGUUUGAAGGCUGUGACAGACGUUUUGCCAACAGCAGUGAUAGAAAGAAGCACUCACAUGUCCAUACCAGCGACAAGCCGUACAACUGCAAAGUGAGAGGCUGUGACAAGUCCUACACACAUCCCAGCUCACUGAGGAAGCACAUGAAAGUACACUGCAAAUCUCCACCUCCCAGUUCAGGCUAUGAAUCCUCAAUACCUUCGCUGGUGUCUCCAUCCUCUGAUUCAGGACAGGACCCUGCAGCCACCUCCUCUCACACAGAGCCUAUUUCAUCCUCCCAAGCUAACCUGAGUGAAUGGUAUGUGUGCCAAAGCUCAGGAGCAAGUGGCAUCCCCACCCCACCGAGCCACACUCCUUCACCUGAGCACCGGAAGGCUUCCUACAACAACUGCGAAGCUAGGCCAAAUUACUAGAACCCCACGCAAUGCAAAUUUUCUUUGGUUUACAUAAUCAAAAAGUACUGUAUUUUAUAAAGACUGGAGAUCACCCUGUUUUAUCCCUAGUGGAUUAAGGAGAGGACCAAUGCAACCUUAAUGGCUGAUGUGAUCACAAAUGUAAAACAAUAUUGUGUGGUAUGUGUGUGAAUGUGCGCUUAAAAUGGGACCUGACCUCCAAGAGUUUUCCUGUCUGCCCUGUACCUGGCCAGAAAAGCACAAGCAGUAACCUAGCACACUCUCUUUCCAAUCUACCAUUACGGUUCGCCUUGUCUGGACUAACUUCCCCAAAAACCAAAGUGUUUUGUUAAGGAUUUUUAAGGCGAUGCACUCUAUGAAUUCCCAUAGGCAUUCCCACACGGUGUAAUCCUUAAUGCUUUUAUAAAGUUGUUCUAUUUUUUUGUUUUUGUUUCAGGUUUGUUUAAAAUAUCUAUGAAAUAUUUUAUUAGCUUCAUGCUCAGUCAAAUGUAUAUACGGAAGGAUCACGUGGUUCAUGUUAGUGUGUAUAUAUUUUGUGUGAUGUAAAGGGACCAAUUUUGGCCACAUUAAUUUUUGACUACACUAUAAAAUGUGUAAUAAUUUAAUUAAUAUUGUCACAACUUUUUUUUUUUAAGAGCCAACGAUGUAUGAGUGUGGUUAAAUUAAUGUUAUUGUACAGACAGAAUUAUUAAACAUGUUUGUGAAGUGUCAUUCAAUUUUGAACAGAAGGUGGAUAACUCACAAGAGCAUUUAACAUGUUCUUUAAAAUAAACAUUUUUUGUACCAUGAAAA